AUGAUUCACUUUACCUCACGCCUAUGUUCUGUUCUAUUGUUCUUCACUUCUACAAGCACUGGCAAAGGUAUUUGCAAAAGGAAGGAUAAUGUCCCAGAGCUUGCAUGUGCGAGGUAUCAAAGCCUUUGUAUUCACUCUCUGUCACAAUUCUCCAACACUGCUGGAAGAAGCCCUAGCAAGUGGGCACGUGCGGGAGUGUCAGUGUCCAUUGGCGAGGUUAAGAAUGUUAAAGCGUAUCUUGCAGAAUUGAAGAAGCAUGGACACAUGAAGGGAAGAAACAAAGUUGCCCUUUCAGAUUGUGUUGAAUGUUUUUCCUAUGCCCUUGACGAGCUUCACAGAUCACUUGGUGUGCUUAGGAGGCUAAGCAAAAGCACGUUUAGCACCCAAAUGGGGGACCUGAACACGUGGAUCAGUGCAGCACUCACCGAUGAAGAAACUUGCCUGGAAGGGUUUGAAGGAGAAAAUGAGAAGCACGUUAAAGUGCUGCAAAACCGUGUUCAGAAUGUGUCUUACAUCACCAGCAACGCUCUUGCUCUAGUCAACAAACUUGCCACCACAGGUCUGGGAAGAAUCAACGACCCCUAGAAUUCAAGUUCUGAAAUGGUUAACAGUAUAUAUGUAUUAUAUUAAGGUAAUAUAAAUAAACUGUGAACUAUAUAUAUAGAUACUAUC